AUGAAGAUGCCAACUCUUUGUGAACGCAAGAGAACCGGAUGUCUUGUAUGCAGAGCGAAGAGAAAGAAAUGCGAUGAGAGGAAGCCCGUAUGUCUUUCAUGUGCCAAAAAAAGCGAACAGUGCGUUUGGCCAAAUAACUGGAAAGAGCCGCAAACGGCUGAUGCUUUUGCCUAUGCCGACACAUCCAAGACUGUAGUACCUGGUUGUUCAAAACGCGACCAGAGGACUUCAAGUAAUGCUACCCGACCACAAGCCGAGUUCACCAGCAGUACGGAAUCACCGGAACAUGCUUCUUUGCAGCCAAUGUCGGAGUUGGCAUCGCAAAAGACAAGUCUCGAGAGGACUUACUUCCGUGGCAAAGGCUUUCGCGAUUCCCCAAAGCUUUUGCAUCAUCCACUCGUUGUACCUUCGAGCGUACAGUUAGACAGCGAUGACUUCCAAGUGCUCUUCCAGCACUUCAUCUCGCGGUCGAUGCCCUCCAUGUCCGCCGACGAUGUGGAUACGGAGAUCUAUGUCAGCCUACUGGUGCCUUUGGGUCUCACCGAUGACCUCGUUCUCAAGUGCAUGCUGGCACUGAGCAGCUUGCAAUAUAUGCUGUACAACCCCACCAACAGCAAAGCCAUCAAGCUUUCCAAUACCUGCUACUCCAGAGCCAUAUCGGCAAUGCGGGAUCGCGUGGCUCUUAGCAGUACCGAAUCGCAGAAUGAUCAAACGGAGUCUCUUUGCUCCGCAAGCAUUUUAUUAGCCUUGACGGAAACUUCACGAGGCGACUCAGGCACCAAUCAUGUCGACUUUGCAAGCCAUCUUCUUCAAAGCAUGUCGCCGUCACUGCGUAGAAGUGUCGAUCAGAGACUAUACAAGCACCUUUUGCGAAUUUGCGUGUUUCUGCGUAUUGAAAGCUCCACGGAAGAGCCCCCAUCACUACUUACGCCGGCAAAGCUUAGAAAGCAGACAGACAUGCAGAUACUCGGUGCUCAACUCUGGGAAGCUGAAAGCAGAGCUCAGACACUGCUGCAAUCUGAAGAGCGUGGACUUUUUCAGUCCCCCUUCAUCACUGGAUUGUUGACGAUACCACACCUCGGGCGUCUACAAAACGCAGAUUGCGUCAAGCAACUCAGUAACCAAGAGAUAAGUGCACAACUGGCAGCGAUCGAGAUGCAGAUAAUGUCCUGGGCGCCCCCAUUACCGAAUACUAGCCUCAAGGUUCGCCAGGUUUGGACUCUUUGGCGAUUGGCAAUGCUGCUAUUGCUGUACGAUUCACCCGUAGCCGGAAACUUCUGGCAAGCUUCGAAGCGGAACGAUUGUUUUAAUGGGUUUAUGCAAGAGCUCAAGUUGAUUCCCAAGGGCCAUGGGAGCUUCGGUCUACUGAUGUGGCCCAUAAUGAUAGCGGGGUCUUGUGCCCAGUUGCCUGAACACCAGAAGUUGAUCCAAGACCACCUGGACCACUGUUGCUGCUCUCUUGCAACGCGGAUGCCGGCCCUGAUUGCGGAUAUGCUCAAGCUGACAUGGGAAAGUCAACCAACGGACCAUGGAAUGGAUGAGAGCCCUGAAGCUGUGAAUGAAUUCACGAUCGAUCCAAUGUUCCUGUUCACCGCGACCUCAUCAUCAGCAAAAGAAUCAUCAGCGGCAUCGCUGUUCUCAGCAUCACCGUCGCCAACAGAUGAUUCAAAACAGGAUGAGUUGGGAAGAAAACCGUUGAGCGAACAGGAAGUUGGGUGA